AUGGCUGCGCGUAGUUCGGUUCCCAGCGAUCUGUACCAGCAUGUUUAUUCUUUUCUGCUGGAGAAUAAGUUCACCACUGCGGCGAAGGAGUUUGUGAAGCAGGCUAAAGUGAAACCCCAGGACCAAAAUGAAGAAGGCCUCCUUAACAUCUUUGAUUUCUGGGUUAAGUCACCCAAGGCCACAAAACGUAAAAUUGUCUCUAACGGUCCUGCCGCUCUGAAUGGGCCACAAGCAAAGAAAGCAAAGAAGGAUGCGGAUAGCUCUAGUGAGGAAGAGUCCAGCAGUGAUGAGGAAGAUGCAGCGCCCGCCAAGAAAACCCCUCAAGUAGCCACAGCGCCAGUGAAGAAGGCAGCAGCAGCUUCAGAGUCCAGCAGCAGUGAGGACACCAGCGAUUCUGAGGAUGAGGCGAAAGCCAAAGCUCCAGUAAAGAAAGUUGCAGUUGUGAAGUCUGCCGCUCAGUCCCCCGCAGCCAGAAAGAAGGACACGAGCUCCAGCAGUGAGGAGUCAGACUCUGAGGAAGAGUCGCCCAAAGCGGCACACACAGGAGCCAAACCUGCAGCUGGGACUGCUAAAGCCGCCGUCCCUCCUAAAGCUGCAGCUCAGAAGAAGCAGGAGAGCAGCAGCAGUGAGGACAGCUCAAGUGAGGAUGAGGCUCCAGCAAAGCCAGCAGCAAAGAGCCCUGCUCCUGUGAAGACUUCCAAAGCUCCAGCUCCAUCUGCAAAAGCUCCAGCUAGUUCAUCCAGCAGCAGUGACGACUCUUCAGAGGAGGAAGCUUCCCCCAGCAAGAAACCCAAAACAGGCCCGUACAGUGCUGUACCCCCACCUGCAGCUCAGAGCACCCCUGCUCCAGCAGCUAAGCAGGAUUCCUCAGACAGCAGUGAGGACAGCAGCGAUGAGGAGGAAGAAAAGAAAGCUCCUGCUCCUACAAAGACUGUAACUCCAAAGCCUGCAGCUAAAAAGGAUGAGUCCAGUUCUGACAGCUCUGAUUCUAGCUCAGAAGAUGAGGAAGAGGAGACUAAAAAGCCUGCUGUCAAGGCAACACAAGCAAAAAAGGUCCCAGCUGCUAGGAGCACUCCUGCCAAGCAGCAGUCUUCCUCGUCCUCUAGCUCUGAGGAUUCGGAUGAUGAAGCAGAGAAGCCUGCUGCGAAGGUACCAGUGACUAAAGCUACCCCAGCUAAAGCGACGCCCGCCAAGUCUACUCCAGCUAAAGCGACGCCCGCCAAGGCUACUCCAGCCAAAGCGACACCCGCCAAGGCUACUCCGGCUAAAGCAACCCCUGCCAAAGCUACUCCAGCUAAAGCUGCACAGGAGUCUUCUUCCAGCUCAGAGGAAUCAGAUGACGAGGAAGAAGCCAAACCAGCCGCAAAGACCGUUCCAGCCAAGACUCCACCUGCAAAGUCAACACCUGCUAAGAAAGCAGAGUCCUCAAGUUCAGAUUCUGAUAGCUCAGAAGAUGAACCUCCUGCUAAACCUGCAUCAACUCCUAAAACAGCAACACCGAAACCUGCACCCAAGCCUGCAGCCACAUCCAAAGCCACAUCCAAAGCCACAUCCAAAGCCACAUCCAAAGCCACACCCAAAGCCACACCCAAAGCCACACCCAAAGCCACACCCAAGACUCCGGCCAAGCCUGCCGAGAGCAGCUCAGAUUCUGACAGUUCCUCUGAAGAAGAUGAGCCUCCUAAGAAAGCUGCCGCCCAACCCGCAUCCAAGCCAGCCCCACAAGCUUCCAAGCCAGCUAAAAGCUCUGACUCCGAGAGUGACAGCUCUGAUUCGGAGGAUGAGACCCCAGCCACCAAACCAGGUAAACCUGUAUCCUCCACACCAAGGUCUGCUCCAGCCACUAAAGCCACGCCCGCAAAAGCCACACCAUCUGCCAAAACCACACCCUCGGCCGCUAAAGCCAGAGCCGAGUCCAGCAGCAGUGACUCGGACAGCUCCAGCGAGGAGGAAGAGAAGGCUAAAGGGAAACCUGCUACAGUGUCUAAACCUGCUGUAGUUACACCAACUGCUAAAAAAGCAGAAAGCAGCAGCUCAGAUUCAUCAGACAGUUCCGAUUCAGAGCCCGAAGCUCCCAAAACGACACCGGCUAAACCUGCAGCGACCAACGGUAAAGCAGCAACUCCCAAAACGCCUGCCUCCACAGCGAAGAUUCCUGUCUCAAAGGCCAAACAGGAGUCAUCCUCAUCUAGUGAAGACAGCUCUGAUGAAGAGGAAGAGACAACAAAAGCACCGGUAAAGACCACACCUGCUGCAAAGAGCACACCAAAAGCUACAGCAAAACCUGAGAGCAGCUCAUCAGAGAGCUCUUCAGAGGAGGAAGAAGAGGAGACGAAAGCUGCCAAGACGCCAGUCACUACCCCAGUAAACGAUAAAAGUAGUAAAAGGAAAAGGAAAGACGACAACGAAGAAGAGGAUGAGGAGGAAGAGGGAGCCUCUAUUAAAACACCUAAAAACAAAAAGAUUGGCAGUGUCACACCUCACUCUUUCCCUAAGGCCAAUAAGAAGAAUGGCAAUACUCCUUUCCGUAGAAUAAGAGAAGAGGACAUUAAACUGGACCCACGCCUAACGAACAACUCCUUUUCUGCUAAGUUGGGAUCAAGCGGAGACUGGGGUGAGAAGGCCAACGACGUGCUCAAGUUUACCAAAGGCAAGUCCUUCCGUCACGAGAAGACCAAGAAGAAGCGUGGCAGCUACAGAGGAGGCAACAUCUCCACAACUAUCAACUCUAUCAAAUUCGACAGUGACUAAGAGCCAAACCCACAGACAUUCACAUUUCAUGGAUCUAUCUGGAAUAACAGUGACCUCAUAGUGUCGGGAUGUAGAAUCUGGCCACCUGGUCUGAUUUGUUCUUCAGGUUCUUGAAUAAUUAGCCGUUGAAGCCGCAGUUACACCAGAGAAGUCGUGCAGCCACGUCAGUCCACCUAAGCUGUGUUUGCUUCUCUUAACCACUAGGUGGUGGUCUUGUUUCGCUCCAGUGUCUUUCAAGAUCAUGUUUUUUUUAUCCUUGGUAAAAACAAAUAGCAUCAUAUGGAUGGAGACUUGUUUGGAAUUAGCAGUUUCUACUUUGUGCUGAUAAAGCGGUCUUUUUAUUUAAUACAUGAAAUGGAUGAAUGGUUUAUUUUAUAUCUCUUUGUUAGAGAUUCAUCUUGAAUUGUGACAUCCAUAUAAUGCAAAAUUUUCCAAAUGAAACGAAUUAGAUCUGUUGGUUAAUGUGAUUUGGUCUGAGCGUACUGUUUCCUGUCCUGUAAAUAAGAAAUGUUAACAGUGUAUGUUCUAGCAUUCACAUUUUCAGAUUUGGGCUGUUUUAGUUUUUGAUUUGUAUUUAACCGCUAUAGCUCUUAUACUGAAUUUGUCCUUUUAGUUUUGUGUUCACUUAAUAUGACCUAAGUAAAACAUGAUUGAAUAUUAACACGUUUCUGUGUCACUAUUUUAAGCUUCUCCACAAUUAGCUUUUUUUUUUAAAUAUUUUUUUCCCCUCUUACUUCCCCCAAUUUUUAUCCCAGUCUAGUCGUGUCCACCGCUGACUGAGGACGCCUUUCAACUGACACGCGCCCCCUCCGGCACGUACAGUCAGUACAGUGCAUUUUUCACCUGCAUGAGUCGAGUUCAUAUACUUAUGCACAGAGGGCCACACCCCAUCAGCAUUAUUCCUCAGCCCUGUGCAGGUGCCAUCACUCAGCCAUCAGGGGCCGCAGUCGCACCAGUUAUGAGGACCUAUGAUCUGACUUUUUACCCCAAGCCUGAACAACAGCCGAUCGUUGUUCAUACUGCCGUCCAGCCUAGUCAGAGAGGCAGAGCUGAGAUUCAAUACGAUGUAUUCAAAACCCCAACUCUGGUGAGCAAGCGUACUUUACCGCUGCACCACCUGAGCGGCCACAAUUAGCAUUAAGUAAUUAGCUAAAGAAUGACCCUAGAAUUUGCUAUGUUAACCAAUAUCUAAAUUUCUUUAGAGAGCUGCAAGCACCGUUAUGGCUGGGCUUCACAUCUACACUAACUAAAGUACAGUCAUGGUUUGUAAAUGACAGUCUAAUUCAUCACAAAGGUGUGUUAAAUAGGGUUAAGGACAAAUGGGUCCAGGGUUCGUUCCUCAGGUGGUGUGGUCUGGGUCCUUUCUGUGUGGAGUUUGCAUGUUCUCCCCGUGUCUGCAUGGGUUUACUCCGGGUGCUCCAGUUUCCUCCCACAGUCCAAAGACAUGCAAGUGAGGUGAAUUGGAGAUACUAAAUUGUCCAUGACUGUGUUUGAUGUAACCUUGUGAACUGAUGAAUCUUGUGUAAUGAGUAACUACUGUUCCUGUCAUGAAUGUAACCAAAAGUGUAAAACAUGACGUUAAAAUCCUAAUAAACAAACAGUAGGGUUAAGGUCAGCUCACUGCAGGCCACUGAAGCACCACACCAAACUCAAAUCAUAUUUUUAUGGACCUUACUUUUUUCUAUAAAAGCUGACUGACCGAUAACACCGCUGGAGAUUUGAACCCUGAAUUCCAGCAGUUGUGGGCUAGCGUAACUAACUGCUUUAUCCUGGUCAAGGCAGCAUUUCCACAUUGAAUUGAUUUACGGCUGUCUCUGCGACAUAGAAUUUUACAUCACAUUUCUUGAUGCAGUGGCCAGCUGUGCUAAGUAACAAUGAUUUUUCUAAGUAUUCCUAAGUCAAUGUGGCUACAUCUAUCACAGUAGCAUGACUGUUUCUCGUGUCUGGUUAUGCACAUUCUACAGUGUUUUUUUGGGCUUGUUCAACCUGGACUGAGAUCUCUCCAGAUUCACAGAAUCUUUCAGCGUGAUUAUGUGUUACCUAAAUUACUUGCAAUUUUGCAGUGGUAAAUGUUUUUUCUUAAUGAUUGACAAUUCUUUCAUGAAGUUUGCCACAAAGUAAUCAGCCAUUACCUCUUUCUGCUUUUAAAUACUAAGCCUCUGUUGGAUUCUCCUUUCAUGCCCAAUCAGGAUACCAUCACCUGUUACUGGUUCACCUGCUUACUGUGAAGUGUUUUAAAACAUGUGAGCCAUGUUUAAGCUAAAUAUUCUAUAAAUGUUUUACUCCUAUUUGGCACAGAGGCAAACUGUUGCCACAAAGUUAAAAACAUUGUAUCCUGGGUAUCAUUUUAUACCCAAUCCUCUGGGAGCUCUGGUUUCCUCCCACAGUCCAAAAACAUGCUAGUGAGGUGAAUUGGAGAUACAAAAUUGUCCAUGACUGUGUUUGACAUUAAACUUGUAAACUGAUGAAUCUUGUGUAACGAGUAUCUACAGUUUCUGUCAUGAAUGUAACCAAAAUGUGUAAAACAUGACAUUAAAAUCCUAAUAAAUAAAUACAUUUUAUACACAAUCAUAAUUCCUUUACCUGUUAGCAAUUCACCUGCUUGUUAUGGAGUGUUUCAAAACAUUUCAAAAUGUUGUAACCUAAAUAUUUUAUAAACGUUUUACUCCCAAUAUGACAAGGA